UAAUUCCGAUAUAUACCGUGACAUUGGUCUUUUCUCCGUGCAAAUGUCAAUCGCGACAGGCGACAUAAUAAUAAUGGAGGCGUGCAAUGCUGUCGAACGUGAAGUGGACAAGGUUCUAUCAAAGUUUGGUGCUAUAAAUGAACAUGCUGAGGCGGUGUUACGCGACCUGAUCAACCACAUUCAAUCCUUGAAGAAGGAUUUAGAAGAAGCACCACCAAACCAAGAACUUACAGCUGGCCAAGUGCAAAUGGUAAAACAAGCAAUGACAAAAGUACGCGACAUUGUACAAAAAUUGGCAACAGAUCAUCGUGACUUGCAUAGUACAGUAUCAAAAGUGGGCAAAGCGAUAGAUAGAAAUUUCAUUGCCGAUUUUGCAAGCACGAGCAGAGAAGAUGUAUUUUCUGGACCUGAGAAGUCUCAUCUUCUAAAUCAAGUAAUCUGCCAACACUUUUACCGUCAAGGAAUGUUAGACAUUGCUGAUGAAUUAGCAGCAGAAGCAGGAAUUAAAACUGACGAAGGCAGAAAGGAACCAUUUACAGAAUUAAAUUAUAUAUUAGAUUGUUUAAAACAAAAAAAUUUGGAGCCUGCAUUAGAUUGGGCUAAAAAACAUAGAGAAGCACUUUUGGCACAGAAUUCUUCUCUCGAGUUUAAACUGCAUAGACUACAUUUCAUAAGAUUAGUUCAACAAGGUCCUAGUAAGCAGAGAGAAGCGAUACUUUACGCCCGUCAAAAUCUUACGCAAUUUGUCGGACGUUAUGAGAAAGAAGUUCAAUCCUUAAUGGGAACAUUACUUUAUUUGCCACAUGGAAUCCAAUCGUCUCCCUACAGUCACUUAUUAGAUCCAACCUUGUGGCUCGAAAUACACGAUGUUUUUACCAAGGAAGCAUGCACAUUAUUAGGUUUAAGUGUCGACAGCCCGCUCUCUGUUUGUAUCAACGCAGGAUGCACUGCAUUACCUGCACUAUUAAACAUCAAACAGGUCAUGCAGCAAAGACAAGUAACUGGAAUUUGGAGUGGUAAAGAUGAAUUGCCUAUUGAAAUAGACUUGGGAAAGCAAAGUCGUUAUCAUUCAGUCUUUGCCUGUCCCAUUCUUAGGCAGCAAAGUACAGAGAAUAAUCCUCCAAUGAAACUUGUUUGUGGUCAUGUUAUUUCUCGAGAUGCGUUAAACAAACUCGCCAAUACGAAUAAAAAUCAAUUUAUUUCCAGGUUGAAAUGCCCAUACUGCCCGGCGGAGCAGAAUCCCGAAGAUGCGAGACUUAUUUAUUUUUAAGCUCUGUGAUAUACUACAUAUAGUAAUAUAUUAAUAUAUAUAUGUAUGUGUAUAGGAAUUAUAUAUAUACACAUGUAAGAAGCUAAUUUUACAGUUUCUUUGUAAUGGAUUAUAUUGAAUGCAGAAUUUAUAACAGAGUAUAUAUGCAGUAAUUAAAGGUAUUAUUUAAAAUUCUA